CAGCUGCCCCGGGCUCCGCCCCGAAAACCCUCGCGGUCUGGCGUGCGCCGGCUCCUCCCCCGAAUCCUGCACACGGGGCUGGUCCAGUGGGUCCGCCUCUGGCCUGUCCCCCGGCCGAAGCCAGCCUGCCAUGGAGGGGGAUGUCCCCGCCGCUGCAGCCGCCUGCUACCAGCCGGCCAGCCCCCCGCGGGACGCCUGUGUCUACAACAGCUGCUACUGAUGUUGGCUGAGUGCCUGCUGUGCCCCAGGGGUCCUUUCCUUCUGCCUGCUUCUCUGAUCUCAGCCCAUCACCGUGAAGAAAAUAUUUGGAAGCUUUGUGAAUACAUCAAAAACCAUGACCAGUAUCCUUUAGAAGAGUGCUAUGCUGUCUUCAUAUCUAAUGAGAGGAAGAUGAUACCUAUCUGGAAACAGCAAGCAAGACCUGGAGAUGGACCUGUGAUCUGGGAUUACCAUGUUGUCCUGCUUCAUGUCUCAAGUGGUGGACAGAGCUUCAUUUAUGAUCUUGACACUGUCCUGCCAUUUCCCUGUCCUUUUGACACUUACGUGGAAGAUGCAUUUAAGUCUGAUGAGGACAUCCAUCCACAGUUUAGAAGGAAAUUUCGAGUGAUCCGUGCAGAUUCAUAUUUGAAGAACUUUGCUUCUGACCGAUCUCACAUGAAAGAUUCCAGUGGGAACUGGAGAGAACCUCCUCCAUCAUAUCCCUGCAUCGAAACUGGAGAUUCCAAAAUGAACCUGAAUGAUUUUAUCAGCAUGGAUCCUGAGGUAGGAUGGGGAGCUGUCUACUCCCUGUCUGAGUUUGUACAUCGGUUUGGCAGUCAGAACUACUGAAAGGGACAUCUGGAUGUAAACUAUGGAGAAAUUCUAGGACAUGAACAGUCCAUCUCUUCAUUUGGGACAGCAAACACUAUGGUACAUUUGGCUUGGAAUUAUAUUUUCUUCUUUUAAUUCAGUUGAGUUGAAACAUGAAUGAACAAAAAAAUGAAUAAAAAUAAUUUUUUUAUGGGG